GUCAAACCGCUCGUAGCUCUCGUGCGGUACGGACGCGUGCUCCGUCGCGUAGCCCCACACACCUGUGGCAUUUCGCCCCGCGAAAAGGACAGAAAGUGUGCGUAUUCCUCUGUCCCGUUCCAAUUCGUGCGUUCGAUUUUUGUUUUUGUUUUUCGCAAGGAUUACAGUGGGAUAGUGCUGUGCUAAUACUGACGCAACUACGUACAUACAAACAUACAAAUUAAUGUGUGUAACACUAUAUAAGUGACAGUGAUUCAGUGAAGAAUGUUAUUAGUGUGAAAUGAUUAGGUGAUCAUAACUGAUGGACAGAAAACUAUGUGCAGUGCAAAUAUUAGUAGAUAAAAAUAAAUAUGUGUGCCAAAAUGAAGACAAUAGUAGCAGUCUUGAGUGUGUUAUCCUGCGCUUCAGCCGCUGGCUUCCAACAGCAAUACUUUAGGAUAAUGCCCAAAAGCCUAAAGGUUCACGAGGGGUCUGAGGCAGUUCUGGAAUGCGCCGUCGGGAACUUGGCUGGCCAGGUGCAGUGGGCCAAAGAUGGGUUUGCACUUGGAUUCUCUUCGGUAAUUCCCGGCUACCCUCGCUACACGAUGUUCGGCGACCGUCGGCACGGCGUCUACAACUUGCGCAUCGUCAAUGUCAGCCUUGAAGAUGACGCAGAGUUCCAGUGUCAAGUUGGUCCUGCGCAGAUGCACAAGGUCAUCAGGGCUAACGCCACGAUGACUGUUAUAUCUCCACCGAAAGCAGUCGAAAUAACUGGCCACGCUCCUAGCUCCAAGAUGGAGGUGAAAAAAGGUGAAGAAGUAUCCUUCGAGUGUGUGGUGAAGGAAGCUAAACCAGCUGCCAAAAUCGUUUGGUAUAAAGGGAACGUGGAGCUAAAUGGAGAUAAAGUUGCUCAUGAACGUGUGAAAGAAGUGACAGCGCCAAAUGGAAACCCAAAAUCUACUAGAUAUACCACUGUAUCAAGCGUGCGUUUCGUAGCCACAGCUGAGGAUGACUACGCAGACUUCACAUGCGAAGCGAGACACGAAGCGUUGCCGAGGGAUUCUCCUAUGAGAAGCACUGUGCAGCUUAGUGUGCAAUAUCCCCCCGGAGCGCCCUUCAUCGAAGGCUACGCGGAAGGAGAGACAGUGCGGCGUGGACAGAGCCUCGAAUUGGUCUGCCGUAGUCGAGGAGGCAACCCGCCCGCGCAACUCAUUUGGUAUAAAAAUGGCGAGCAAAUCCGCAUGGCUUACAGAACCAGCGGCCGAAUGUCAGAAAACGUGCUGUCCUUCAAAGCUGACGCGUCAGACAACAAGGCGCGAUAUACUUGUGAAGCGAAGAAUGUAAUGAUUAACUAUACUUUAAAAGCCGAGAUCGACCUUACUGUGUUGUUUGCCCCCUCCCACGUGACGAUAUCGGGGCCUACGGAGGCAAGGGUCGGUGACCCCGUGCCUUUGACCUGCAGCACCGCCCCCUCCAACCCCGCUGCCGACGUGAAAUGGCUGGUCUCCGGGAAACAUCAUAAAGAGGCUACUGACAAAACAGCUAUAUCGCCUGAAGGAGGCUGGAUAACAACCUCAAACAUCACGGUGAUGGUGGAGCCGAACCGUCGCGCUGUGACUGUGGUUUGCCACGGCAUCAACGCUCAACUGACUGAGAAUGUCGUCGCUUCGCACACCAUCAAUGUUCUAUAUCCGCCGUCAGCUCCUAUGAUAACCGGCUAUAUUCCUGGCAGUAUCCUAGCAGCGGGCACGGUACAGAAGCUGGCGUGUAUCUCUUCUGGAGGCAACCCACUGGCCACUCUGACCUGGUUCAAGAACGACAAAAAGAUACACUCGAUAACGAAACGGACAGACAAAUCGGUAUCGUCAGAGAUCUCAAUCCUGACGAACGUGACGGACAACCUCGCGCAGUACAAGUGCGAGGCCACGAACAGCGCAACUGAAAUACCACUGUUUGAGAAUGUGACGCUAAACGUUCAUUUCGCCCCAGAGACAGUGAAGGUGAAGGCGGAACCAGAAGAGCUGAAGUUGGGUAUCGAAGCCACGCUACACUGCGACGCUGCGUCCAGUAACCCGCCCGCUGUCCUCUCUUGGUGGAGAAACGGCAUACCAGUAGAAGGGCUCCCAAUGCAGACCAAGCCAGGAUUGCACGGCGGGACAGUAUCCACCAUCGAGCUGAAGCUCAAAAUAGAGAAGGACAUGAAUGGAGCCAUCUACACGUGUCAGGCCUUGAACGAGGCUUUGCAGAGGAGCGUCCAUGACUCCUUACCUCUGAAAGUUUUGUAUGCGCCGGAGUUCGGCGAGACAAUCCAACCAAUCGUGGGCACGGAGAAUGAACCACUCAUUGUGGUGAUGAAGGCUGACGGCAACCCUGGAAGCAUCACGUACACGUGGACAAAAGAUGGUACCCCUAUCACACAAUCGUCAUACAGAACCGCAAAUGACAGAAUAAUAUCCGAAGGGAACAUGUUGAAUAUAACCAAGGUGUCCAGACAGGAUGCCGGCGUGUACACUUGUGAGGCUGUCAACUCACAGGGCGGUGCCACACAUAACGUCACAAUCGUCGUCAAUUAUCCAGCUAGCAUAAAAUCUGUUGAACAAACAAGUAUUAAAAAUCCUGAUGAGGAUGUGGUGCUUUCCUGUAGUGCUACAGGCAACCCACUGUCUAAAGAACACAUAGAAUGGAUCAGAGAAGGUUACGAUACGGAAUCGAAAACAAUUUUCGAUCCUACAACACACACGAGCUACCUGACGAUACCUAAAGCGAGUAAAGAUGACGUUGGAAAGUUCAGGUGUCAGGUGUACAAUGGUUUAGGCGAUAAGGACAGUAAGGAUGUAAUGCUUGUUGUUAAGUUUAAACCGGCAAUGGACAGCUCUCCGAAGAUUGCUAAAGCUGCCUCAAACGUUGGCCAAGUUGCAAAACUUACAUGCAGAUGCAAAGCUGUGCCGGCGCCAAGUUUCACAUGGUCCAAAAAUGGAAUGAAACUACCCGUGAACACGUCCACGAAGUACUUCGCAGAAUAUCACAGAUCAAAUGAUACUAUAACGUAUACUUCUGUACUGUUGAUUAGUGACGUCACUUCCUCUGAUUACGGCAUAUUUGAGUGCGGUGCGAGGAACGAACUUGGCUUCAGCACUACAUCAGUUAGAUUGGAUAUUACUAGCGCACCGGAUCAAGUAAUAUCAAUGACGGUGACGAAUGUUACCCACAACACGGUCACGUUGGAAUGGGUGCCAGGGUUCGAUGGCGGUAUUCCAUCGUGGUAUCGAGUCAGAUAUAGAAAAAUCUAUGAUGAAUCAUAUCGCUAUGAAGACGUCGUACCGCGCGACGCGACAACGUUUACCAUAGCUAAUCUAGAGAAGAGCACAGACUAUGUAUUCUCUGUGAUGGCCAUAAACAAGAUAGGGCAGAGUAAAUAUAGACCGGAUGACACUAAAGCUACUACGUUGAACGCACCUACCUCCGAAGUAGGUGAACUAAACGUAGUGCCAACAGAACUAGUCGAGGCAGACGUGUCCCGUCCUGUCAUAGUAUACGUGUCUAUAGCUAGUGUCGUGCUAAUAUUAGUUAAUGGAGCUUUAGUUGCCUGUUUUGUUUUAAAACGACGGUCGAGGAGGUUGAAGGAACAAGCCGGCCAGUCAUCAAAAUCGGCCACGAUAGAGAUGUACGCACCGUCCUCGUACAACGACACAAUGACGGGCGAGACCUUGAGUUCCGUCUCCGAAAAAUCCGAGACAUAUUCACAAGAUGGCGACGAUCGACCCCCUCCACCGAUCCCCGAAGUUCCAAGUAUGCCUAAUAGGCAUAUGCUACAGCAAACGGAUACCUACCUCAUGGACGAUCAAGGGCUAGUCAUGCCUCCCCCCUUGGACUACCCCCCUCCAAAUUAUGCCGUAUACGAGGGCGACCAUGCGCGAACUUUACCUCACCCACAUAGACAUAAGGACAUUACUGGACAUAGCACGUUGGGAAGGAGCGCAGGCAAACAAAAUUACGUGCCAGCGCCCAGCCCAAUGCCUCCUCUAGACGGGUCCUAUUAUAACAUGUCGUCGGAGCGGUACCUCUCUUACCCUCCUCUGAUCUCCGAGUAUUUGCAUCAACAGCAAACCGGACGCACACCGACUCCACCGCAGCAGUACACAGCUCAACCUUUGCCGAAACCACUUCUCAUGAACGGAGGAAUUUCAGGAGGGUCUCCCUCCCAUAUGGCCAGCCCUCCACAGCUGAGCUAUGGGUUAGAUGGUCUUGACAGGCAGUCGACUGGCGGCACUUUGCGUCGACAAAGACUAGAAAAGAUGGCAGUCCCGCCACCAGACGUCACUGUACUUCAUCAGGGGAACUGUCAGCAGCAUUUACCACAAACGCCAUCUGUCAAGCAGCCCCAAUCGAUUCUCAAGGACCCGUCUCGUCACAAAUAUGGAAACCAGUAUGGUAGCCCUGUCUCAUCCAGCACUCCCCAAAGCAACUCUAGCCAAAUACUAACAGUCCAAAACCUAACGAAUGACAUUCCGCAAUACGGAACCAUAAAGAAAGAGAACAAAAAACAAAACGUUACAAUAGACGAGAGUUUUAAUAAGAGAAAUGAAACGCACGUUGUGUGAAGUGUUUAAACAAUUGUAGAUAGAUUUAAAAUUCAUGUGAUACAAUUGUAGAUAGGGCUAGUGAAACGCGGUUCGGAUUUGGUGAACUAAAGUAUUACAUGUGUGAACCGAAGUGUUACAUGUGUGUACUGAAGUGUUACAUGUGUGAACUGAAGUGUUACAUGUGUGAACUAAAGUGUUACAUGUGUGUACUAAAGUGGUACACGGAAUGAACGAAAUGUGGCCUAACAUGUAAGUUUUUCAAUGUUGAUUUUCCAGUGAACAAAUGUUGUAUUGUGAUUUUGAGCUCCGUAUAGCCUAAAAUGUCAUUACGUAAUUAGUGUCAUGAAAAUAAGUCUCGUGUCGUUGGUUUCGUCAAAGGUUGCACGUGUAAAUAUUAGUUUUACAAUGCUUGGUUCGAUGUUGAAAACUUGAAUAUUUUCACGAAAUUAACAUCGCGAAACUGUUUUCAUGCUACUAUUAUCUGAAGGCUUAACAAUAGAAUUAAUUGGAGUUGUUUUAGUCAAAUUCUGUAUAAAUGAACACAAAUAUUGAGUUUAGGAAAUAUAGAUUGAUCGAGCAAUCUUUUGAGAUUUGUUCAACCAUGUCAGUGUGGUUAUUAAGAGUUCAAAAUUGUAUUAUACGCAAUUUGGGACUUUUUCAAUACUGAACUAUAUACAAUACCAACAAUUUGAAAUUAAUUCAUCAAUUUUGUAAUGGUUGUUUCCAAGUGUUUCGCUUUAUGAAGAUCGAAACUAGAAUUUUAGGCAUUAUGGCGAUUUUGUCUGUGCGAAAUAUGUGUGUAAAUAGUAUGAAAUGUGUGUUUAUGUGGUCCGAGCCGUGGUAACACAAAAUGUGGCCGAUUAGGCCAAAAGUCAUGGCCCAUCCAAGGCCAAGGUUGUCUAAACGACUGACUUAUCAUUAUAGGAUUUACGUCCAAAAAGACACUAGUUAAAAAUACAUUUUUCAUUGUCCAAAAUGUAAUUAAAUCAUUUUAGAUAAUAAAUGAAAUUUAUAAUAAUUUUUCUUCUCGAUUCCAUAAUGGAUCUCUUUUUGAUUAAGUUUUGAACGGAAAUUACGAAAUUUCAAUUAUAUUGGGAGAUUAUAAAUUACCCAACAGUUAUAAAUUGUUUUGUAAAGUCCAAGUUGAAAUGCAUUUAUUGUUAAUAUAUAAUAUUGUUCUCAACAUCCGGAUUGUUAAUGGUGUGCCAAAGUUUCAUUUUUACAAAAAAAAAAAAAACUAUUUACUAUAUUUCUUAACAAAAUUUGCUAUUAUUGAGAUAAAUCAGUCAAAAUCUUCAGGACUAUAUAGGAGGGAGAACAAAUAAUUAUCAAGAUUUUAAUUCCUGUAUUAUCCACUCAUCUGUCCGUAUGGUACGAGUAGAUUUUGUCUGAUUAAUCUAACUUGUCUGUUAUAAAUUUUCCUUCUAAUCUUUUACAUAAUUAUUACCUAUAUAAUGCUUUACAAUUUUUAUAUUUCUUGAGUAAAAAGACUUUGUUAUGCCGUAAGUUUACAGAACGUCUAGACAGUUUUGAUCCUAUUUUAAGGAAUUAAUAUAUUGUUUUCACAUCACAAUACCAGAGCAUAAUUUUAUAAUUUGUACAAAUAUUUUAUAAGUUUUUUUUUUUUUGCAGCAAUUUGACUUAAUGUAAAUAAAUCAAAAAUAAUACUCGAAUCGCAACUGACAA